GGGGCUCCUUGGUGGCUUAAAAGAUGACGAAGGGUCAGCUGAAACGGCCAGUAAGAGUGACGAAGAUGACGACGAGCAUGUGAUACCUGGAUCCAAGAAACUCCGUCCCAUGAUGGGACAGGAUGCCUCCUUCAAAUCUCAGGACUAUCAGAUAUCUGUGACCAUUCAUGAGGCCCGUCAGCUGGCUGGCCUGGACAUUGAUCCCGUCGUCUGCAUCGAAGUGGGAGACAAGAAGAAAUUUACCAGUGUCAAGCAGUCCACAAACUGCCCAUUUUACAAUGAGCUGUUUGUGUUUGACUUCCAUGAUCCCCGGCAGAUGGUGUUUGAUAAGAUCAUCAAAAUUUCUGCGAUGCACUCGCGUAAUCUGCUUAGAUCAGGGACUGUGAUUGGAGCGUUCAAGUUUGAUGUUGGCACAGUGUACCGUGCACCAGACCAUGGCUUCUACCGGAAGUGGGCCAUCCUGACCGAUCUGCAUGACAUUAACGGAGGCGUCAAGGGCUACCUGAAGGUGGAUGUUGUCUGCCUGUCCAAAGGGGACAGCGUCAAACCUCCCAAGAAGGCCACCGAGAAGGAUGAUGAUGUCGAAGCGAACCUUCUCCUGCCGGAAAACAUCCCGCGGGUCAGGCAGCGGGCUACAUAUACCGUCCGCAUUUUCAAGGCCGAGGGUCUGCCUAUCAUGAAUUCAGGGCUCCUGGCCAACGUCAAGAAGGCGUUCACCGGCGCCCUGAAUGACCUGGUGGAUCCAUAUGUCCUAGUCAGUUUUGCUGGACAAACGGCCAAGACCUCCGUCAAGAAGCACUGCUACGAGCCCAAGUGGAACGAGCAGAUCGUCUUCAGCGAGAUGUUCCCGCCGCUGUGCUCCCGCAUGAAAAUCCAACUGCGGGACAAAGACUCUGUGUUGGACGACGUCGUGGGCACUCACUUCAUCGACAUGACCAAGAUCUCCUACGAGGGCAACGACGGCUUCCUGCCGACCUUUGGGCCCAGCUGGAUCAACCUCUAUGGCUCCAAGCGGGAGUACAACACGGUGGACAAGACCCGCAAGCUGAACGAGGGCUUUGGCGAAGGCUGCCAGUUCCGCGGCCGGCUCCUCAUGUCGCUGAAGACGGAGGUGCAGGACAGCGCGCUGGAGUCCGGGGGCAUCAGGGUGGACGUGGAGCCCACCCUGCCCAUCUCGGAGGGUGCGGCUGGCAGGAAGGACGAUUUCUUCUUCUUUGCCACUGUUUUUGAGGCCAACAUGAUUGAGAAGUCGGCAGCAGACAAGCCAGUAACCUUUGAGUUUUCAAUUGCUAACUGUGGCAACCAGCUGGACGGGCGCAACCUCCACGCUCGGGUGGCCAUGGACUCGGACGAGGAGGAGGCCCAGCUCCUCCCUGCCACCGAGGAGACGGAGCAGAGCCUGUCCACCUUCCCGCCGAUCCAGCCCCUCAGCCAGGACAAGACCUACUACUACCUGCCCCUGGGGGAGAACAAGCCGUGCCUGUACCUCAAGUUCACCACGGAGGAGCACCGCCGCCGGCUCUACAACAUGAACAUCCUGCUCCAGAUUGCCGACAAACUGGAUGAAGGGCUAACUGAAGUUUUGGAGAAGAUUUCCAAAGAGAAAGGCAACCCGGCCAAACUGCUCAAGACAGCCCUACAGAAUUUUAAUUAUGGUUUGGGCAAUUAUGCCAAAGUGACCAAGGGAGCAGGGACGGCCGGUAAGACCAAACUGGACAAGGAGAGACACAAGUGGCUCCUGCGAGAAAUGACCACACUUAGCAAGCACGUACAGGAGCUGCUGGCAACCUUGAGCCAGACACAGGACGCCCCCACCACCACACGGCAGCAGGGACCCCCAGACUCCUCCCCUCGCCGGGGGAAGGGUGGGGUGGCAGAGCCGCCGCACAAGGUGCGACGGAGACGCAUUCACUUUCGUCAGAGAAAAAUCAGCCGAGCUGGCUUGAAACUCCUGGAGGAGGAGAUUGCCAAGCAAGCCAAGCGCCUCAACGUCAUGCCCAGGAAGGAGCUCAGCCCCCGGGCGCUGAAGGAGAAAGUCAAGGCCGCCAAGAUGUUCUUGCAUCGGAUCAGGUUCCUGGCUGAUGAGCCUCAACACAGUGUGCCCGAUGUCGUCAUCUGGAUGAUCAGCAACGGCAAGCGGAUCGCCUACACCCGGGUGCCUGCUCGCAAGCUGCUGUACUCGGCACUGGAGGAAGAACGCGGAGAGCGGUGCGGCGAGAUGCAGACUCUAUUCCUCAAGUUGCCCGGCAAGAAAGGCGUGCAGGGAGUGAGCGGCUGGACGGUGCAAGCCAAGCUGGACGUCUACAUGUGGUUUGGCCUGGUCAAGCACAAGAAGGAGAUGCUGAAGGGUCUGCCCGCCGGUUACGUGGCCACCAAGGAGCUCAAGCACGCCAUCAAGUUGGCUGGUGUCCCGCCUCCGUUCGUCACAUACAAAGACAAGACUCACUUCAUGCUGCGGUGCCACAUCUACCAAGCCCGCGGCCUGAUCGGCUCCGACUCCUCGGGCCUGUCGGACCCCUUUGCCAGGGUCAUCUUUGGCAGCGACAGCAGAGCCACAAGGGUCAUUGAGGAAACGUUGAGCCCCACCUGGAAUGAAGUGCUCAUCUUUGACCAGGUCACUGUGUACGGCAAACGCAAGGACUUGAAGGACAAUCCCCCAUUCAUCUGCGUGGAGAUCUUUGACAUUGACAUCGGGCUUAAUCCAGUCAAGAAGAUUCAGGGAGGCGCCGAGUUCAUAGGUCGCUCCCUGGUCCUACCGUAUGUCAAGUGCUUGGAUGAGCCCUACGCUAAGCCCAUGUUCCCACCGCUGCUGCAAUGGCACAGCAUCUACCGCGGCCAGGCGCAGGCGGGGGAGAUGCUGGCCGCCAUCGAGAUGAUCCAGUUGACACCCACGGGUGGCAUCCCGUCUGAUGUUAUCAAGAUCGAGGUGCCCCCUGUGGACCCCAAGAGCAAAGACAAGCUGCCACCCAAGAUAGAGCUACCCGUGGAGAUCAGGCCCAAGAUGUGCAAGUACAGGAUUGAGGUGCUGUUCUGGGGUGUGCGUGAGAUGAAACGCCUCCAGCUGAUGACAGUGGACAAGCCUCGCUGUGACAUCCAGUGCGGCGGGCAAGUCCUGAGCUCGGCCAUCAUCUACAACGCCGGCCGGAACCCCAACUUCCCGGACAAUGUCCGCUUCUUGGAAGUGGAUCUGCCAGAGAACGAGCAUUACUGCCCUCCCCUGACCAUACGGGUGGUGGACUGCCGUCAGUUUGGCCGCUUCACGCUGGUAGGGACCCACACAGUCAGCAAUCUAGCCAGCUACAAGAUGGACACCAAGAGGCUGGAGUCCCAGGCUCACACCCUGCCCACAGCAGUAAUUGCUGCAAUGGACUUUGGAAAAAAGGCUGAGCCCACUCACUCAACACUCCCCAGUUUGACCAGCUUUCCCCUUAAACUGAACGGGAAUGCCCUGGCUGGGGCACCUGCUCUUUUAGUGGGCGGCAGUGGGAGUCAGCACAACGGCAAGCCGGGAUCGCGUGCACCAUCCCGCGCACCAUCUAGGGCAGCCUCUAGAGUCCCCUCAAGGGCUGGCUCCAAGGCCGGUUCGGUCAAGGGCGAAGACAUCGUCAUUAGUGUGGAGCCCCCCAUGGGAGAGAAUGGUGAGGCCCAGCAGCCGGGCCAGACUGUGAUCGACAUGCCGCCGGAUGGCAGCAAGCCGGACGAGUCCAAACCUCUGGAGGGGGGAGAGAAGGCAGAGCUGGGACCAGACGGGCAGCCAAAGACUAAGUCUUGGGCUGACGCUCCCGGCGGGCCUCCGGCUGAGGGCAUCCAGACAGACAAGCCAGAGGAGACAGACGAGAGCACGUUGGACUGGUGGUCCAAAUACUUUGCCUCCAAACUAGCCCUGGAGAAGGAGUUGAAUGAGUUGGAAGCCAGGAACCAGGGUGCCACCGAGAUCAAUCCAGACAUGGAGGAUGAAGAGGAAAGGGAAAUCGAGGAACCAGCUGAGAAAGACGUUCCGCCGGCCGGGGACCAGAAGAAAAAGAAGGAGAAAGAGAAGAAGAAAGAGAAGCCCAAGGAGGAGAAAAACGGGCCCAGCAAGAUGAGCAAGAUGAAGGCGGGACUGAACAAGCUGCGCCGGAAGGACGACGACGAGGACAGCCUGAUGAUGAACAUGUUUGACGAGGAGGAUAAGGAUACCAUUGAAUGUGUGACCUUUGAGAUCUUUUUGACGGAGCUGGAGAGCGUGCAUGAUUUCCACGGCUUCAAGGAAUGGCUCCACACCUUUGACCUCUUCCGGGGCAAGAACACCGGGGACGACGAUGGGGACAGUAGACUGGUUGGCAAAUUUAAGGGAGCACUGAAGCUGUACAAGUGGCCCCUCCCACCGGAAUGGGAAGACGUCGGAGUACGGAUUGACAGCAAUUCAGGGUUCUUCCAAGGCCUGCCUAGCAGCGAACCCAAGGGGGUGAUGGUGCGGGUGUACAUCAUCAAGGCUAUGGAUCUGCAUCCGACAGAUGUCAAUGGAAAGGCGGAUCCCUACAUAGUCACCCAGAUUGGGAAGCACAAAAUUAAUGACAAGGAGCACUACAUCUCCAAGAACCUGAACCCAGUCUUUGGCAAGUGCUUUGAGUUUGAGGUCACCUUCCCCCUGGAGUCCAAGCUGACCGUCCAGGUCUACGACUGGGACAUGAUCGGCUCGGAUGAUAUGAUUGGUGAAACAGUCAUUGACCUGGAGAACCGCUACCACAGCCGGCACCGGGCCACAUGCGGCGUCAGUAAGGAAUACGCCAUUUAUGGCUACAACAUCUGGCGCGACCCGGAGAAGCCCACGCAGGUUCUGGCCAAGCUCUGCCGGGAGCUCAAGCUGGACGGGCCCCACUACAGCAAGGGCAAAGUGGUGGUGGGCAAGCACGAAUUCACCACCACCGAGUGCUUCAUCGAGGAUGAGAGCGACUUUAGAGGUGUGAAGAAACCCUCUGAUGAACACGCAGCAUUAGAAGCUCUCAAGAACUUUGGCAAAGUGGAGAAGGUCGGCUGCCGGCUGGUCCCCGAGCACAUAGAAACCAGAUCGCUCUACCACCCAGACAAACCAGGCAUUGAGCAGGGCCGUUUGGAGAUGUGGGUGGACAUGUUCCCCAUGGACAUGCCCCUGCCGGGGGCCCCCGUGGACAUCUCGCCGCGGAAACCCAAGAAGUACGAGCUGCGGGUCAUCAUCUGGAACACGGAUGACGUGGUCCUGGAAGACGACGCCUUCUUUACUGGAGAGAAGAGCAGUGACAUUUUUGUGAAAGGCUGGCUGGUCGGGAACCAGACUGACUGCCAGUCCACAGACGUCCACUACCGCUCCCUGACCGGCGAGGGCAACUUCAACUGGCGUUUCAUCUUCCCCUUCGAGUACCUCCAGGCCGAGGAGAAGAUGGUCAUCCGCAAGAAGGAGUCCGCUUUCUCCCUGGACGAAACAGAGUACAAGGUCCCACCCAGGCUCAACAUGCAGGUGUGGGACGCCGACCACUUCUCGGCGGAUGACUUCCUAGGAUCCGUGGCACUGAACCUGAACAGGUUCCCCCGUGGUGCCAAGACCGCCAAAAAGUGCUCCCCCGACCUCUUGAAGACGGACGGCAGCGUGCCCCAAGUCAACAUCUUCAAGAUGAAGCGUAUCAAGGGCUGGUGGCCGUUUAUCGCCAAGUCACAGCAGGAGGAGGAAGAACUGACGGGCAAAGUCGAAGCCGAGAUUACUCUGCUAACUGAAGAGGAGGCUGAGAAGAACCCAGCUGGCCUCGCUCGGGACGAACCGGACCCGCUGGAAAAACCAAACCGCCCCGACACUUCCUUCAUCUGGUUCUUUAACCCUCUGAACGCCCUCAAGUACAUGAUCUGCCACCGCCUCAAGUGGCUCCUGAUCAAACUCCUCAUAGCGAGCCUCAUCAUGGCGUUUAUCGCGCUCUUCAUCUACGCCUCGCCGGGUUACGUCGUCAAGAAGAUCUUGGGAGCCUAGACGCCAAUGGCUGAGAUUUGUUUUUUGAAAUAUGAAGUCUCUUUGCAGGGCCAGCCUGACCGAGGUAGCGAGAAUUGAUGACUGGUGAUGAGUUGAUAUCUGUACAGAGUUUUCAACACCGAGGUGCAUGAGCUUUGAUUGUGUACGCGUGACGUAACUCAGUCGUAGAAAGGGCAGGUCGUAUAUUAAAUGAAAACAUAGUUGUGUCUCAAUAUGUAUUGCCUCUGUGUCUCAACUUGACACAGUAUGUCACUCGCCCAUUUAAUAUCUUUGGUUUUGGAUAUUAUUAUUAUUGCUGUAAAGUAAUGGAUUUUUUGUGUACCACGGUCCACAAAAUGCACAUUAUUACAUGCGGAGACCAGUGCCCAGGAAUGCCACGUAUUCAAAAUGUUUUCUAACAAUUCCGAGUGUUUUGCAGGAUUAGCUUAUUUUUUCAAGUAAAGUAUGGCUGUGUCGCCUUUCUAGGAAUAAAGUCCAUCUAACAAUUAUUAUUCUAACAGUAACAUAAUUUAUAUUAUUAAGCUGAUAUACAUAAGUCCGAGGAAUAAGGGUUUUGUGGUCCUAAAUAUUUAAAUUGCCUUUGCAAACUAAAAAAAAAGUUGAAUAUUUUGGUGGGCUGUGUACAAUAUGCAUUUCGUGUAAAUUGUGGGGAAUAAUGAAGGUUUUGCGGGAGCAGGCCUAUUGUAAAAAUAACAGUUGAGCGGAUUUUGUAAUUGUAUUGUGGAUAACAGUAUGUCGAUAGCCCUUAUGUUGAUGGAACUUAAAGAAUCAUGGAUAAUGUUUCAUCUAAAAUGUCCAUUUCUUGGCUGUCAAGAUUUGAUGCUGUUUGAUUCAGAUGUUCCAUUACUGGCAUAUUAAGUUACAUCUGAGGUAAUUUUGAAAGUUCCACAUGUAUUCCAAAAAGAAACACAGCCAGAUAACUAUGAUGAGUCUCAUUUACAUUCAGUUUUCCACUGAUACGAGCUUUUCAAAUGAAAAGUGGUACGUUUCAAUGUGUUUAAUGCAGUUAUCAGCGGGAAACAACACUUACUGUUGACAACUGAUGUUUUGUUUCAUCAGCAUUUUGCUGAGAGUUUUUGUUUUUGCCUAGUUUAGAACAUUAGGUGAAAUGUUCGUGUUAGUGGCUUCUCUUAUCCUGGAUGGUACAACAAAGGUAAAUGUCUUACUGCUCCAACGGGAGGGGAGACCAUCUUCAUGUCUCUUCUUCAUCUUGUGAGAUGAUAUAUCCAAUUUAGAUUCGUACGACGAUAGUAAUUUAACCCAACUAUCGUAAGACGUUAGGUAAAAGAGGAGAAUCUUGACGCCAGACGCCGUGGAGCUCAUUUUUCACCGAAGGGCUUGACUGGCAACAAAGUGGAUCAUGAGAAAAAGCUCACAGCAGACUUAAUUGAAAUGAAGUUAGGAACACUUUGUUUUGAAGUUUGAUGUGGAACGGACCGAUUCAUCAAGCCCCACCCACUGGACAAUAAAAAAAAUGCGUACAUUGCGUACGCCAGCCGCAAGAGUAAUAAAAUCAACACUUUUUGGUGUCAUCAGAUGACCACACCACAGGGUGUUAUUUUAACACCGCUGGUGUUACUUUGUUCACCCAUAAGUGUUACAAUGCACUGGAAGGUGUUAAGAGUAACACCAAAUAACACAAAUUUUGAACACCAGUGAAAGUGUUGGUUGUAGUCCUCUGAUAACACUGGGGUGUUAAACUUAACACCCCAGUUUUUGCAGUGUAGAUUUUUCGUGAAAUAUGUGGUUGCGGAAUUGUACCUGUGAUUGGUCAAAACAGAGGUAACCACAGGAAUAGUGAUGGGUGUUGUGACCACUCGCAUUUUACUGGUUUAACCAUUUUCCUUUGCAGCUCUAAUCGCAGUUUUCUUUCAAGGUACCUUGGGCGUCUAACACUUUUCUUUGAGAAUUUGUUGCAGGAGAAACUAAUUCUACAUCGUUAAAUAAAUUUAGUGGUAUUUUGGUAAAUUAACACAGUGUUGCCCCAACUUAACUGUAGCGGAUCUCACCAAGAUUGCAAUUUUUUGUUGACGAUGAAACUGAUGGAGUGACAUCUGGUACCACGUUGUAAUUGGCCAAUAUAAGGAAAAGAAAACUAAUGCGAAUCAAUACAACGAAGCCAUUUCUUCAGUAGCUGGUGUUAGUGCAGGGCCACAACAGAAAUUUAAUUGCUCUAAAAAAAUCCCUUCUCCAAGCUGGAAGCUUAAAGGGUACACUUUCAUCCAGCAAAACCCUUUAUAGGCAAAAUGUGGGAGAAUUCAUUCAACCGCCGGUCAAAUCACACGUCAUUCACAGCUCAAUGCUGUCAACUCAAAGAAUUUAAACCAAUCAAAUGACAUAUGAUAUUGUAAGUGACAUCACAUCAAAGUCAGGUCACAGGUCAGUUUCUGUUUCAAAUCGCCGGUCAUUAUUUUGCAAGUCAAUCAGAAGUCUAGUGCGAUAGUCAAAUUGGAGGUCAGUCCCAAGCUAAUUUAUGAAAGUCGCAGGUCGAUCACGAGUGAAAUCACAGGUCAGUCACGAGUUGCAUCAACCUAACCGUGGACCUGUCAGAAGUCAAAUCGAAAGUCAGGUCUGGUCACAGAUAAGAAAUGAAAGAUGCGUAAUAUAGCUGAUAUCAACUGUCUUCUGGCUGAGACCUGAUAAAUGCUGUGUGAUGGACACGAUUAGCCUUGACCGCUAGGCAGGUUGUAAAACAACCUGCCUUCUAACCUCUCUUGCCUUUUGCUCAUUUGCAUGCUGCCUUACCCAGGCGACCGGAGGGGUCCAUCUCGUGGUUCAUGAACCCUCUCAAGGGGAUGUACAUAGCCCUCUUGCGGAACUACAAAUGGUGUCUGGUCAAGGGGUUCAUCGUAGGGCUCCUGGUCUUUUUCGUGGCGCUGCUUCUCUAUGCAAUGCCCGGCUACACCGUCAAAGCCAUCUUUGGCGUGUAGGCAAGACGACCCACGUUAGUGUCCAACCUUCCUUGAGAUUUCCUUGUGUCGUGCCUGCACGGUUUGCAUUGAAGUUAUCGCUUGAGUAGUGUGCCCAAAAGAUUUUAAAUGUUUACAUUCUUACCCACAAUUUGUCAUGCUUCUGUGGAGUGGUCGUAAUGUUUACUUGCCUAACAACUAACCUGUUUCACACAGUACGUCGCCGAAAGUGCCCCCGGUGCAAAUUAUUUUGAAUUCUGCCCACUUUUGAAAUCAGUUGAUUUCUUGUGAAAAAGGUGCGCAUUCAGAUUUUGUCGAGUACAAAUGCCAAGGAGCCACUUUUCGUAUGGGGUUGUCAAGAUCAAUUGGCCGUGGACUGUACACUCCCUUGUGCAGCGCGCUUCUCCUAUUCCGCCUUCCACCAAGAUAAAAUUCCAGUAUCCCAUGAGAACGUAAGAGGUGCUCAUAGAGACCAUUUUUUGGUAGUGGAUAUUAUUCCCCAGGAAUUAAUGCCGUCGUUCUCCGAAUCAGAUCUAUUAAUAUUGUCAACAUGUUGAUUAUGAAAACUAGAAUUUUUCUAUUCCACCUGUCUUAAAAAAACAACCGUGCUGGGACUCGCCCAGUAACAUUGCAAUUUCAAGGUGAGGGAAAUGCUACAUGUGCAUGCGUAAUAAUAUUUGCUUGGUACUAACAGAUUUAUUGCAAACUACUGAACAUGAAUACGCAGCUAAUUUUUUAAUGCAAAUUAAUCAAUCGCACAGCUUUAAUCUCUGCUUCCUAACCUUUGACCCCUCUAACGCAGGCGUGCCGACAGCUACUUCUGGAGGUUCUUCAGUCCAAUCAGGGCAGUUCGUAACGUCUUAUGGGGGAGGUUUCGAUUCGUCCUUCUCAAAUUUCUCUGCGUUAUGGUGUUGGUGUUGUUCAUAGCCCUUAUGCUGUAUUCGAUUCCGGGGUACACUGUGAAAAAAAUCCUCGCAGUUUGAAGAAACUAGUCCUGGGAGGCAGUUAGGGAGAUUUGUCAAAUCUUCCAUUCCUCGGAUAUUGGUACUCAUGUUAUCUCGGCGAUGGAGGCUUGGAACGAGGAGCUUGGAAGAAGUGGGUUCCAUGUAUUCGUGGCAUAGUUUGUACUUGGAUAUGCAACUGCAAAUUUCUGAGUUUCCUUUUCCUAACUAGGCUGCAAGUUGUCCAUCACUUCCUUAGUUCUUCCUUCAUAACGAACCUCUUCCGACGGAAACACGUCUUUCUCUUCCAUAGCUGAGCUUUCAACCUCGUUUUUACUCUGACCCGACUCUCACAAAAUGCCUUUGCAAACGCCAGUCCGGAAGUGAAGUUAAUAUGUGAAACAUAUUUACACGUCUGUAGAAUCCCUUGUUUAUUUUCCUCCAACUCGUUCCUUUUGAUGUUCGGAAGCUAAAUGAGAUAUUGGAGCAAAAAACGCUUCCGCAAAAAAAGGAACUCGUUCCUCUUCGGGCGUGCCAAAAAAGAAAGCCAGUUUUAGAGGAGCAGGUCAUAGUGUGUGACUAACCAUUACUAUCUUUUUCAUGCGUGGAGUUUGCAGACUGGAGAGUCAUUGGCCGUUCUUUCCACGAAGUGGAACCCUGACCUGAUGACGGCACGAAUGCGUCUUUAAUCCCCCCCCAAGUCUGUUCCUAAAUCUGUUAACGUCUGCUGUGCUCUUUCUGGCUCUUCACAUUUCGUCUAACCUUCGCCUCACUAUUCUUAAUCCAGCUCGUGAACAGAGACCCUGUUGUUGAUACUUUCAAACUCUGUCAACAUCAUGUAGUGUUUGCCUAGGUUUUACUCCUUCAUGAAAGUCCAAUUCAUGUCUCGUUUUGCUGUUUUGCUUGUUUCCAUCGUGUGUCAUUAUAGCAGUAAUACUUAAUUGGUUUAAGUCCAUGAAACAUAGUUUUGCACGUGUGCAUAGCUAACGGGAAAAUGUCAAGAUUUCACUACCCCUUCUGUGUAAAUACAAUUAUCUUGAAUAGAAUUGUUCAGAUUUUCUUUCAUUGACCUGAGUUCACUCAUUUUACACAUUCUUGGUCGCAGUUCCUCUGUGCUUGGAGUGCCCUUUCGUUCAUGACUCUUUUGACAUUCGCAUGAACCAUCAAACCUUGGGUAUCCAUCCAUUCUGUGAAUAUCGAUUCUCUGUGGCCAUGUAAUUAUCCAUGUCAUUUGCAUGAUCUGGACUCUUCUCUUUUCACCUUGCAGCCUGCCCAUGGAUAUCAUUGGUAAUUGACUGGUUGUAAUUCAUAGAGUUGAGUAGAAAUUCAGUGUAUUUAUGCUCAUUAUUGCCUAGUCAUUGAUCGUAAUACAUGCAUUAAAAAUACCAAUUUCCCGUCGCGCAAUAGUUAUGCGAAAUUCCUAUUCCUCUGCACCUUUGUACUUUGGAUGGAAUCAAAUUGACAGACAUAAGCCCUAUAUCAAUAUUUGUAAAUUUUGAAUACGUUAUAUCUAUUUAUCCCUGGACAACCAACGAGACAAAUGUGUUAUUACAGCCUUAUCAGUUUGAAUUUCUUAAUUUUUGGAAUAACAAACUUAUACCCUAAAAGUAAUAAAUAUCUGCCAAAAUAUCCUAUUUACGCUCAUAUUUAGUUAUAUUUAAUUUUCAUCAGUAAUAACGGUAUUUGCAUCAAAAAUGUUUGACAGAACGUUACAAAAAUUGGUGGAUGAAGGAAGCUAUGUCAAAUAUUUAUAGAUGUGCUUAAUUUAUAUAGCCAUAAAUGUUGAUACUGGUGAUGCAGAGACAUUAAUUGUAUAUAUCGGUCAUUUUAUAACUUAUUACAAUUCUAAUGCAAAAAAUAUUUUCUAAAAUUGUAACAAUCUAAUAACAGCAAUAUAAAGACCAUAGACCAGUAAAUAAUUACUCACACCCUGUGCUUUUCGAGGCAAAUCAUGAUAUACGGCCAUGAAUGCGUGCCAAGCGAUUUGGACUCAGUUUGCAGGUUGUUUAACGAAACCGCUGAAAAAAUGUGCUAUUUGAACUUUUUUUCAGUGAGUUAAAAGUGUCUUAUUCCAUUUGGAAAUAAUAUUAAACUGGACCACUUGAGUCUGUCUUUCUGUUU